AUGUUCAAGAAUUCGGAGGUCCUAAGGGCCAGAGAGGAACAAGAAGAAGAUAGGAAGAGGUUGAAAGAGGAAGUGAACCUUCGCGGCAAGCAGGGACAGGACACGACCAAGGGCGAACAAGUGUGGUACUCUCGCCGCGUCGACGACGGGUGUCUUUUACAUUGGGCCAUCAUCACGCACGGCCAGAAAUACGAGCUCCGCCUACCGAAUGGCAGUGUCCCGAAGCCGAAGGACAAGGUGGCAGAGAGCGAAAAGACCAGUUCUUUCGAGCCUGCUCGGGUGUAUGAAGCGAGGGUGGCUGCAUGGUCCUUAAAGGAAGAGACGAAUAAGCUCAGAGCACUUCAGCUUUCGACACCGUCCAAGGGCUAUCACACCCGUGACUACACCGUUUGUCAGAUCGGCUGGACGACUUUGACGAAAGACGAAGUCAACACCGAAUGGGCUGCCGCGCGCUCAUCCAUUCCCGCUAAAGAUCUGGGAUACAACGACUGCCGGGAGCUGCUCAAGAGGUUUGGCAGCAUCAUCAAGACGCCUGAAGGAUGUGCACUAGACUAUGACUGGUUCAAGGAAAGUCUUGAGACGCCAACUCACAGACUCACCGAGAUCACUCCGGACAAGGCCGUCAAGGGGUUCCAGAAUUCGAUGCAGAACGGGCUAUGGGGUGUCGCUGCCACGGGAGCGGGAGCCGGAAUCGUGUAUGGCGCGUAUGAGGCUGGAAAACAGAUGGAUCCUUUGAGGAGUGGUGCCAAUGUGGGCGGCAGCCUGGGUCCAGAUUGUUGUUGCGCUGGUUGCUACUGCUGUACUUGCGUGGCGGGUGAUGGAUCUUUCUGGGAGUCUUGCACUUGGCUGCCGUGUUUGGCCUUGAGCGGUGGCUGCAACUGUUGA